AAUGUUGCAGAUUUGUGAGUUAUCAGAGUUCCAGGCUAAAUAUGGCUGCGACUGACAGCUCAGGGCGGUCUUCAAGUCCUGUCAAAGUCGGCUUUAACUUAAACAAAACGUCGGAUAAAUGGAAACGUCACAUAGUCCUGCAGCUCAGACAUCGGGACAAGACUCAGAAGUUUAUGUUCCAGGAUGUUAUAAACUCGUAUAUCAAACUGCUAGACAGAUCCAACCAGAAAGCUCAGUUUACACAAGGCUUUCAAAAAGAGGCGCUAGGCCUAGGUGACAGCAGGCAGCCACCAAGAACCAUAUCAUGCGACUCCAAAGAGCUAAUGCUUGCCAGACAUCAGGAUAUAGUGACAGAGCUUCGGAAGACUGGGGGAGAGUUAGCUUACCAGAUUGUGGAACUGAAUCAGAAGGCUAAACUCAAAGACACUGUACUGGAGGAGCAACAUAUCAGUUUGUCUGAGCUGAGGAGGCGGCUGGGAGAGGUGGAGGAUGAGUGGAGGAGCCUGCAAAGCCGUAUGCAGGUGGUGGAGGGAGGGAACCAGGCUUUGAAACAGGCGUAUGAUACCCUGCUGCAGCAGCACCAGGAGAUGGAUGAUAAGUAUAGGCAGGAAAAAAUACAAGGCUCCGAGCUGCUGGAGGAUCUUAUUCGAGUGAAGGAGCUGGCUGCUGAGAACAUGAACCACAAGAACGAACGGAGGGCGCGCGCAAAAGAGGCCAGUCUAAGAAAAGAACUUGCCACGGCUGCAAAAAAGGCAGUAAAUAUUGACAUUGGUUUUGAAAAAGCAGAGCCAACUGACUCAGGGGUUCAGGUGGGAGCGUUUCAGGGAGAAGAGAGACAUGAGAGGCGACAGACAAGACCCUUUAGAUCUGCCUCGGUUGCUUCACCUAAGAUUUUUGAUUCCAUUAAGGAAUUAUUUGAUUCCAAAAUAAAGAAGAGAGGGCACUCUGUGAGCAGUCUGAGUGAUGAUGUCUUUGUGCCCAUGGCGAUCUGUGUUUCAGCGAGGAUACCUACGAAACCACUGCAUGUCCUGGAAGCACAUGAAUUAGGGAUCAAUGCUGUGAAGUUUAGUCCAACCUCUAAGCUGUUGGCUACAGGAGGCACAGACUGCAUCAUCAAGCUGUGGGACCUGAUUGGAGGAAAGCUGCACAGCGCAGGAACACUGGAGGGCAGUAAUGAAGGGAUAACAAGCAUAGAGUUUGACCCGACUGGGACCAAAGUUUUAGCUGCCUCAUAUGACAAGUCGGCUCUGUUUUGGAAACUGGAUGACUGUGCACCUAAAUUCACAUUGACUGGUCAUUCUCGUAAAGUGACAUCAGCCAAAUUUAAAUCAAGUCUUCGUCAGGCUGUGACUGGCAGUGCGGAUCGAACAGUGAAGAUCUGGGAUCUACAAAGGGCUGCCUGCGUGAAGACCAUCAAUGUUUUCUCCUUCUGCAGUGAUGUCGUCUGCUCAGAGUACUUUAUUGUGAGUGGGCACUUUGACAAGAAGAUACGGUUCUGGGACAGCAGGUAAGAACAAUGUAUUAUCUGUUGUGAACUGACUGCAACUCUCCACUCUUCGUUGCCUCUUUAAAAGCAGACCCAGACACACAGAAUUGCAGUUUAAAGCACUUGCCCGCUAUUUUUAAUAAAUACAAAAACACAAAAUAAAUACCUAGUUCCCACUGGAGAACUAACUACACAGUCAAGAUCGCCCUAACUAACACACCGGACAGCUAAGCUGUUUACCGGUACACAAAAACACAGCGUCCUACCCGUUGUGAACUGCUCAGAAACAGGGCACACACCUUCCUGCUUCUCUCUCCACAGCAGCCCUGGACAGUCUGGCUGUCUUUCUUAAAUACUCUGCACCUGGCUUUAAUUUACAAUGAUAAUUAACAAUAAAACAAUUAACACAAAUAUCAUUAAUUAAACUAUUAAACAAACCCAAAUGUGCACCCGCACACGUUUUUUUUUCUUAGAAGGGAGGAAAUUAACCCUCUCCCUGCUCACAGUCUAUAUGCAGGAGCUUCUAAACACAUGCAUGUGGUAGUUUUAUAGUAUUUUGUUAUUUUACACCAUGUGGAGUGACAUCACAAAAGCACAGUGCACUUUAGCUUGCAGACGUAUGUACUGGCCCUGUGGAAAUGUAAUACAUACAAAAUAUAUUUAAAAAAAUAUAUUAAGAGGAAAAUACACACAUUUUAAACUAUAUGUUACAAUA